UCCGCUGCCAUCUGAGCAGGAGUGAGAGCAGUAAUGCUCUGUGUAAGUGCAUUGCAAUUCUAACAUCAUUUUCUGUUCUGGCUGUAGAACGGUGUCUUAUGGUUUUUGGGGGGUGGAUAUGGGCUAACAGGACAACGCUGCUCCUGAUGUCUGUGAAAUCAGCACACGAUCUGUUGUUGUAGGGAUGGAGGCUGCGCGUCCGUGGAAUGGUGCUGGGCAUGGGGGGAAACGGAAAGCCUCUGCAGAAGCUGAUGCCAGUGGCCUUCCUCUGAAGCGCAGCCAUGCGGAAAGGCAGAGGAGGAGCACCGAGUGUGACAUGGCACCCAAGAGAGAGAUUGGUGCUGAGCCAAAUGGCAAUAUCUGUGUGAAAGUGGUGCAGCAGGUGUGUUCUGAGAGAGCUUGUCACCGAGCAGCAGCUGAAGCUCCUCUCCAGGCUGGAGGGCUUCCCAGAAGAGCAGGUCCCAGCACAGGGGGAAGACCUUCCCCUGCCGUGUGCCCCCACUCCGACUCCAAGGCCCAGGCUGGAUGUAAACGCAAGGGCUUGGAAGAAGGGAGACCAACAGCAGCGCAGCUGCCUGCCAAAAAGAGAGCGAGGGGUCAGAGCGGAGACAGCGUGCCGGCUCCAGCAGCACAGCCUGGGCCUGCCGCAGCACGGAGCUCCAGGCAAAGAGGUGAGCAG